AUGACGUCCAACAUUGGCAUCCCCAUUAAGCUGCUUCACGAGGCCACGGGCCACAUCGUGACGGUCGAGCUCACCAACGGCAAUGCCUACCGCGGCACUCUCCUCGAUGCCGAGGACUCCAUGAACGUCCAAAUGAAGGAUAUCACCGUCACCUCGCGCGAGGGACGCGUCUACCACGUUGACCAGGUUUACAUUCGCGGCUCGCACGUCCGCUUCUUCAUCAUCCCCGACAUGCUCCGCAACGCGCCCAUGUUCCGCGCCCGCAACGUCCGCGGCCGCGGCGUCGGCCUCGCGCGUGGACGAGCCACCGUCAGUCGCGCCCGAGCUUCCGGUCGCGGUGGUCGCUAG